AUGGCAGGAAAAGCAGAAUAUGAACCAGUGAAGAGGAGUAAUCAUUCUACAGUAAGAGUAGGAGAUUACUUAUAUAUGUGGGGUGGGCUCCAGUCUGAUCUCCCUAAAGUACACAAUAAUGAUAAGAAGAAAGCACUGUCAUCAUUAAUGGAGGUAUACCAUUUACCUACUGGUAGAUGGGAGCAGAAACCCACCACUGGUAAUCCUCCAUUGGGUAUUUUUGCCUAUGCAUCUGCUGCCAUUGGAAAUGAGAUAUUUUAUUUUGGUGGAAGGUGUAAUCAUGAUAGCUGUUAUCAUAAUAGUCUGUACAGUUUUAAUGUUGAUACAUUCACCUGGAGGGAACUCUCACCUACUACUCCUCAUCACGGACCAAUGAUGAAAGGCUACUGUGGCAUGGUAGCAUUUCAACUGAACGGUGAGGACUAUCUUGCAGUAAUUGGAGGACACGGACCAUCUUCUAACAAUACACCCACACAACCUAAUGCUCAGUAUGACAGUGGAAGAAUGGUACCUGGCCUUAAACGAACUAAUGAGAUUCAUUAUUAUAAACUAUCAUCUGGUAAAUGGAGUUCACCUAAUGUUACUGGAGACAGGCCGCCUCCUAUCAGUUACUUUACUUUAACAUCAAUUGCUAAUGACUGUGCCAUAUUGUUUGAUGGUCUAAUUUAUAAUGGAUACAGUCACAAUACUUAUAUUGUUAAUUUUUGCCACACAUCAGUAAAUUUUUCUAAUCUUGGAGUAUCAAUACAAAAGCCUAAAGAACGAUGGGAUCAUUCCAGCGUAUUUAUUAAUAGUAACUUAGGACCACAUCUACUAGUGGUGGGCGGAUUAUUUAAGAAUGAUUGCUGGUUACUUGAUAUUAAUAAAAGAAUAUGGAAACAACUGUUAAAUGUAUCAAAAAGAAUCAUUGAGAGAUGGCGUCAUUCUAUGUCAGUGUGGAGUAUAACACCAACCAUUGACUGGAUAAUUGUGUUUGGAGGAGAUUCAAAGUAUGAUGAUACAGCAGAUAUAGUAACAGAUGUUGGUCUGUUAAAGAAAUACCUCUAA